AUGGCUGAAGCUCUUGUUUCCAUGGCCUUGGAACAGCUGGCUCCAUUCAUUCGUCAACAAACGAGAGAAGGGAUAAGCCUAAUUGUGGGUGCUAAACAAGAAGCUCGGAAGCUUCAAAGCAAUUUUCGGGCAACUCAAGCUGUGCUGGUUGAUGCUGAGAACCGCCAAGUGAAGGACAAUGUUGUGAGAGAUUGGUUAGACAAGCUCAAAGACGUGUCCUACGACAUAGACGAUGUGUUGGACGAGUGGAACACAAAGCUUCAGAUUUUAAGAAUUAAGAAAGUUGAAAAUGCUUCUAAGCCUAUGAAAAAGGUAUGUUCCCUCAUUCUUUACUAUCUAAAUUGUAGGUCAUUGGUUUUGCGUUAUGAUAUUGCUGUCAAGAUAAAAGAUCUUGAAAGAAAAUUAGAUAUUAUUGCUACUGAGAAAGAGAGAUUCCAAUUUAGAUCAAUCAUUGAGAGUAGCAAAGAUGUAGAAAGACCAAUGACAACCUCUGUUAUUGAUUUAACAGAGAUUUAUGGAAGAGAUGACGAUAAGAAUACAAUAAUAGAUUUUUUGCUUAGUCAGAAUAGUCAUGCUCAUGUACAAGACCUCUGCAUUAUCUCUAUAGUAGGGAUGGGAGGCAUUGGUAAGACUACUCUUGCUCAAUUGGCUUUUAAUGAUGAUCAGGUGAACACCCAUUUUGAAAAAAAAAUAUGGGUGUGUGUUUCUGAGCCUUUUGAUGAGCUUAGGAUUGCUAAGGCAAUCCUUGAAUCUCUUACAAAUAGUGCACCAAACUUAAACGAGUUAGAAACUGUGGUACAAAACAUACACCAACUUAUUGGCGGAAGGAAGUUUCUUCUUGUCUUAGAUGACAUAUGGACUGAAAAUCUCAAAAAUUGGGAUCAAUUGAAGCGAUCUCUUAAGUGUGGUUCUCUAGAAAGUAGAAUUUUGGUGACCACACGUAAGGAGAAUGCUGCAAAAGCCAUAGGAACCACCAAAAUAAUCCCCUUAGGGACACUAUCUGAGGAAAAAUGUUGGUCAUUGUUUAGUAAAGUUGUAUUUUCAAGAAAAAGCAAAGAAGAAUAUAAUGAAUUGGUAGAAAUUGGUAGGAAAAUUGUUCAAAAGUGCAAGGGUUUGCCACUUGCAGUAAGGACUUUAGCGAGUCUUUUGUGUUUUAAAAGAAAAUUUGUGGAGUGGAAAAAUAUCUUAGAGAGUGAAAUUUGGGAAUUAGAAGAGGUAGAACAAGAGGAUUAUGAGAUAAAGAGAGAACAAUUGAUUAGGUUAUGGAUGGCUCAGGGUUAUAUAAUGUCAAAACCAAAGAGCACUGCUAUCUGCACUAAUGAGAGUGUUCCAGAACAGUGUGUGUUUGCUGAUGGAGUUUUCUGCAGUUUGUGGGACUUUUGGUUGUUGGUUACAGGAUUGUGGGUGGGAUUUGUGCGGGUAAUCAGUAUUUUGGAGGAUUAUGUUGUAAUUGGUUGUUGCCGAGGAAGUGCUAUAGCUUGUCAAAAUGCAGCAGUUUCUUCUUCGGUGUCUGUUACAGCUUGUGUGUCCAUGUUGUUGUGUGCAUUUUUUGUUUUUGAGAUUUCCUUCCAGCUUGUAUAG